CAUCCCUUCACUCAAUUGAAAAACCUUUUGUACAUAUACUACCCUAUUGACCUUUGUUUUACUGAUUUUCUGUCAAUCAUCAGAGAAGAUCACGUAUGCGAUGGUUUUCCGUUUCAAUUUUCCGGCACCGUUAAUUUCACUUUCGAAUUUCAUCAUCAUUUUCUUUCUCUGCGUCAUGAUGCUUCAGAAAUCCAGUGCUCAACCUGCUCCUCGAACGGAUCCUUCCGAAGUUAGCGCGUUAAACUCGAUAUUUGAAAAAUGGGACGUGCAAAUACCAAGGAACCUAUGGAACAUAAGCGGAGAACCAUGCACUGGAACAGCCCUCGGACAAGAUUUCGAUGAGGAUUACAACAAUCCAUCCAUCGAAUGUGAUUGUAGCUUCGACAACAACUCCACUUGUCAUAUUAUCAAACUCAAAGUCCAACAACUUAACAGGCAAGGGGUCAUUCCUGAAGAACUUGCUGCUCUAACUUAUCUCACUGUAUUGAAAAUUGAUCAGAACUCGUUCACUGGUACCUUGCCCGCGUUCCUUGGAAAUUUUUCUUCCAUGAUGUACUUGUCGUUAGCCCAUAAUCAGUUCUCUGGUACGAUACCUCGGGAGCUUGGAAAUCUUAAAGAACUUAUAAUGCUGGCUAUUAGUUCCAAUAAUUUUUCAGGCACUCUUCCCCCAGAACUUGGAAACCUGGUCAAUAUGCGACUACUUUACCUCGACAGUUGUGGUGCUGGCGGCGAGAUUCCCUCAACAUUUGCCCGCCUCACAAAUAUGCGUGAGAUGUGGGCUUCAGACAACCCAUUUUCUGGAAAGAUACCUUCUUUUAUAGGCAACUGGACACAGUUAGAGAAGCUAAGACUACAAGGGAAUAAUUUUGAAGGUCCUAUACCAGCUAGUUUUUCAAAUUUAACCUUAUUGCAAUCUUUGCGAAUAAGUGAUUUGCAGAAUGUGAGUUCAUCUCUUGAUUUUAUCACAGAUUUAAGGAAUCUAACUGACUUAAUUAUAAGAAAUGCAUUAGUUUCUGGUCCUAUUCCAACAGGCAUUAUUCAAUUGCAAAAACUAGUUACACUGGAUUUAAGCUUCAACAAUUUAAACGGUUCACUUCCACAAACAUUAAUGAACAUGAGUUCCCUAGUUUCUUUGUUUCUUGGAAACAAUAGCCUGACUGGUUCUCUUCUUCCUGACAAAAGUGAAAAUCUUCAGAACAUCGAUUUGUCUUACAAUCAUCUGUCGGGAUCUUUUCCUCGAUGGGUGAUUCCAUCAUGGGCAAUGGCUAAUCUGCAAUUGAAUUUGGUGGCUAAUAACUUCAAUUUUGACAGCUCAAACACAAGCAUUUUCCUAGGAUUAAAUUGUCUUCAGCGAGGCUUUCCUUGCCACAGGAACACGACGCCUUAUACCAGCUUUGCAAUCAAGUGUGGUGGCUCAGAAAUGAGGUCCACAAACAACAUUUUAUUCGAGGCUGAGAAUGCUACAACCCUUGGACCAGCUUCCUAUUACGUACAUGAAGAAAAAUGGGCAGUUAGCAAUGGAGGCAUUGUCAUUGACCGAAUUCAACGCGACCCAUCAUUUGUAGCUUCCACCUCAAUCCAAGUCAAUAACACAAGAUAUCCAGAACUUUACAGAACUUCUAGAAAGUCUCCAGGCUCUCUUAGAUACUAUGGUUUAGGGCUGGAAAACGGGCCUUAUACUAUAACCCUUUUCUUUGCAGAGACUGUUUUCAACCGAACCCCACACACCUGGCAGGGUCAUGGGAGACGUGUCUUUGAUAUUUACAUCCAGGGAAAUCGUAGACAGAAGGAUUUUGAUAUAUCAAAGGAGGCAGGUGGUAUUGGAAUAGCUCUUGAAAAGAAUUUUGACGUUAUUGUGACACAAAGUUAUCUUGAAAUUCAUCUUUUUUGGGCUGGCAAGGGGACCUGCUGCAUACCUGAACAAGGAGAUUAUGGACCUUUAAUAUCUGCCAUAAGAGUGUCGGCUGGUUUCAAACUCAAGAGCAAUUCAAACAAAACUGGAAUGAUCAUUGGUAUUGUAGCUGGCGUGACGUGUGUCAGCCUUCUGCUCUUAGUUUUUGGUGUGUACAUGAAAAGGAAAAGGUCAAAACAUGCGGAAGAAGAUGCAGAGUUUCUUGGGAUAGGGCCUAAAGUAAAAACUUAUACCUAUGCGGAAUUGAGAAGUGCAACGGCAGAUUUCAGUAGUUCAAAUUUGCUCGGAGAGGGUGGUUUUGGACAUGUUUACAAGGGGAUACUGAGUGAUGGAAGUGUGGUAGCCGUGAAGCAACUGUCGGUAGCAUCACACCAUGGAAAGAGUCAGUUUAUAACAGAAAUUUCAACCAUUUCAGCUGUCCAACAUUGGAACCUUGUGAAGUUGCAUGGUUCUUGUAUUGAAGGAUCUAAAAGACUCGUGGUUUAUGAGUAUCUUGAAAAUAAAAGUCUUGAUCAAGCGCUCUUUGGAAAAAACAAUCUACACCUUGACUGGUCAACUCGCUUUAAUAUAUGCUUGGGAACGGCAAGGGGACUGGCUUACCUUCAUGAGGAAUCAAGGCCUAGAAUUGUGCAUCGCGAUGUGAAAUCAAGUAAUAUUUUGCUUGAUGGAGAGUUAUGCCCCAAAAUAUCAGACUUUGGAUUAGCAAAAUUAUACGAUGAUAAGCGAACCCACAUGAGUACCCAUGUUGCAGGAACUAUUGGCUAUCUUGCACCAGAGUAUGCAAUGCGGGGUCAUUUGACAUCAAAGGCUGAUGUUUUUGGAUUUGGAGUUGUUUGUCUGGAGAUUCUUAGUGGGAGGCCCAACUCUGAGGAGAAUCUGGAUCCUGAACGGAAGUAUCUGCUACAAUGGGCAUGGAGUCUAUACGAAAGCAACCGGCACUUGGAACUCAUAGAUCCAUCUUUGUCAUCUUUUGACGAACAAGAAGCUACCCGUAUGAUAGGGGUGGCCCUUUUAUGUGUUCAAGCAUCACCAACUUUAAGACCAGCAAUGUCGCGGGUGAUUGCCAUGCUUUCGUGUGACGCUGAAAUAACCCCAGUCACAACAAAACCAAGUUACUUGACAGAUUGGGAUUUUAAUGAUAUUACCAACACUUUUGGUGAUGAAGAACCUAUUUCUUCUGAAAGUACAACCAUGCUGACUGCAACUGAAACUGCAACUACAACUACUACUACAACUACAAAUACGACUACAAAUACAACGAUAUCAACUGGUGUUGAGUCCAUGUCAUCACCCAUAAUGCUGUCAGAGUUAAUAAACAAUGGGAGUCUUAGAGAAGGAAGGUGACACACCGUUGUUGAUUAUUGUUCAUAUGGUUGCAUUGAGUUUGGAGUCUUAUCAAUGUGGUUCCAGAGCUACGUAGGGUCGUGAGAUUCAACUAUGGUUUGUAUCAGUUUAAAAGAACAACAGAGUAGUAAUAUCGGUAUUUGAACCUGUAUUGGUAUUUGUUUUUAUGGUUUUUGAGCGUGGUAAAACAUUUGUCGAUAUCCUUUUGGGCAUUCAUGAUUUUACCUUUUUGGGUAACAUGAGACAAUUUUUGUCUAAUUAAACCAUUGUAAAUAACUUUUUUAAUAUUGUAAUGCACAUAAUUUACUGCCAAA